CUCGCUUCCUCUGUUUUUUUUUUAUAUUUCUUUCGUUGCCCAAUCGCGUUUCGCGUCUGUAAUUAUCGCCAGGGGACCUAGCUGGCCUCGACUGGCAAAAACAACGUCAAUCAAGUAAGAGAACAACAAACUGAUGGCUUCUUAUGGUAAGAUAGUACUAAGCUACCAUGACACACUUCUCCGCGAGUCGGAUGUGGAGUUGCUCGAUGAAACGAACUGGGUGAAUGACAACAUUAUAUGGUUUUGGAUGCAAUACCUUGAGAAUGAGCUCUACGCGUCCAGCUGCGACUCAUUCGCCUUCGUGGGACCUGACGUUGUACAACUUGUCAAGCUCGGUGCAACGCUCAACGUUGAGCAGGUGCUCAAGUCACUGGAUCUGAAACAUAAAAAAUUGAUAUUGCUACCAAUCAACGACUGUCGCGAUUUCGAGCUGCCUGGUGGUUGUCACUGGAGCCUCCUUGUUUACAACCAAGCAAAAAAGAUGUUCGAGCAUUACGACUCAUCUAAUGGACAUAACCACUCCCAUGCCAAGACAAUCGCUCGAGCUUUAACGCCUCUUCUCUCGCUAAGGGAAGGUCGAGUCGUCGAGUCCGACUGCCUGCAGCAGCAUAAUUCACACGACUGCGGUCUUUACGUUAUGUACAACCUACAACAAGUCUGUGCUGAACAUAUCGUGCUUCCGGAAAGUGAUGGUAGUCGUAAGACUUUGCUCACGAGUUGGAUGCAGCAGAACAGAAAGACACUGAAAGAACUCAUCACGAAGCUUAGUCGGCCAGAGUGAAUAAGCAUUGUGUUUUAGCUGUCGCGCUAUUCUUGAUCAAGUUUGAUUAAUUGAUUUGUGGGGUUUAACGUCCCAAAAUCACUAUUUGAUUAUAAGAGACGCCGUAGUGGAGGGCUCCAGAAUUUUUGAUCACCUGGGGUUCUUGAACGUGCACCCAAAUCUGAGCACACGGCCCUACAACAUUUCCGCCUCCAUCGGAAAUGCAGCCGCCACAGCCGGGAUUUGAUCCCGCGACCUGCGGGUCAGCAGCCGAGUACCUUAGCCACUAGACCACCGUGGCGGGGCUUUGAAGUAAUAAAGGUCAACAUGCUUUCCGUCUCAA